UGUCCGCAAGAGGACUAUUAGAUCGUUCCGAGGCAACUUUGGGCCCAUGAUGGAUCGUGUCGUAUGGCCCUGGCGAAGCGAUCCUUGAGAUUGUUCAGAUCAGUGAGGGUGACAGACGGCAAGGGUACAUGAUGGGGCUCCCCCAACGUCGGAACGAUGAUGCGCUGCACGAAUAUUGACUGGCAAUGAAGAUGAUGACAGGGCCCUGGCGUGCUGCCGCUUGCAAGUCUUCGUACGAAGGCGGGAGCAGGAAGCGCGAGAAUGCUUUAAGAUCACGGAUUUCAGUCACUGCAGCGUCCCAUUGCCUUGUGAGUAUUCUAUAUUCUGUUGCAGCCCGAUCAGCCGCAGUUGGGUCAGCGCUGCCUGCAGAACCCUGAGCAUGAGAUAGGCGCAUGUUGAGCCCAAGAGCUUUUCAGCUAGUCCCGGACUCGCAGACGUCAAGUCUUCCAGUGGAGUCCUGAGUCGAGAGGCCAGCGACCACUGCUGGCCACGGCCCUGCUCCACAAGUUCAACUGCCUGUCGUAGAUUGUCACGACGUAUGGCACAUGAGGCCGCAUCUACAGGGAGUGAUUGUGCACCAAGAAAAGCGGUUGCAGCCUCGCGCCGUGAGAUGAUCGACGAUCGCGUCAUCACGUGGCUUUCGAAAAGCUCGAAGUACAUUUGGUAUGCUUUGAGGCAGAUUCAUGUUGAUAGACUUCUGCUUGAUGAGCCCAGUCAAUAGCCUCCUUGAUGCGUUCUGGAAAUCCUUG